AUGACUAUCAAUCAUGUUUUCUUCUGGGCUUCUGCAAAUAAAAUCGUCGCCCUACGGUCGUUUUAUCGUGCCAUUCUUCAACCUCUAGGAUAUACCGAGAUGAUUCGGGCAAGCAAUGAAGGUCUCAUCGGAUACGGAAGUGACUUUCCCUACUUCUGGCUCAAAAGAUUGCCUGAGAGUAAAGAGCCACUGCCAAGCCAUAUCGCGUUUGAUGCUCCAAGUGAGCUACCCUGCCCUGAAGCUGUAGAUCAAUUCUACAAAUUGGCACUCCAGCAUGGAGGACGCGACAAUGGAGGCCCGGGUAUCAGGGAAGAGAUGAGCCGGCAGCCAUACUACUCGGCGUUUGUGAUUGAUUUGGAGGGGAACAAUGUCGAAGCUGUUUGUGUUCCUAAGUAA